AUGGCGACCAAACAGCCCGUCUCGUUCGACGCCAUCAUCCAGGCUGACCGUCAAAAGAAGAAGCAAGAGGACCUCGCAAACCAACUUCUUGGAAAGAACCGCAGGUCAAGCGCGCCAGGCUCGGGCGCUGGUGCUGGGAAGAAAGCGCAGAACAAAGCACAAAAUGCAAAGCCUGGAAGCUUAGCCAGCAGGAUCGGAGUAGCCAAGCGCUCCGCGUCAGCGACUGUGCAACCCAACAAGAACAAGCCUGCGCCCACGAACAACAGUCGGACACGCGGCAAAGCUGGCAAGAAAGAUCGCGUGAAUGCGGAUCAGGUUCGGGCAGCUUUCCAACCCGAAAAUGGCCAAGUGAACGCCCGAUCAGGCAACUUCGCACAAAGCAGCCGUCUAUCCGGUGGCAGCAACAUGACCAUUAAGGGUGCCUCGGGCCCAUUCAUUGUUGUCGGAAGGAACUUUGCGCCUGGGACAACAGCUGCCGAUAUCCAGUCUGCCCUUGAGCCCAUAACAGGCCCAAUGAUCAGCUGCCAGAUAGUAGCAAGCCAGCCAAGUGUUGUUGCGGAAUUUGCAUAUGCGGAGAAGACGGCUGCAGAGCUGGUGGUUGCCAAUUUCCACAAUCAGAGGGCUGACGGGAGACUUCUUACAAUGACUCUUAAAUCGGCGAGGGCCACAACCCACCAAGAUCCUUUUACCGCCCUCCGAGCACAAGCCGAUCAGGAACGACUCCGAGCCCGUCGUGGCCCAGGCCAUGUGAACGACUUGCUAUCUGAGAACAAAGGAAACUCGCAGACUGGCCUCUACAGCGAUGAAAUGAUGGUCGAUGCGCCGGCGCGGAAUACCCAGAAGAACCAGAACCAACGGAAAUGGCGUCGUUAA